UAUUAAGUUAAAAGUGGGCUUGACUAUUCAAAGUCAUGUACCAUUGAAGAGAUUAGAAGAAUAAACAUUGAUGAAUGGUGGAUGAACUAGCUAGCGGCUAGGAAGAGAAGAAUUAAAAAGAAUCGAUGGUGUCACACGUAGUGUUAUUUCCUUUCCCAGCACAAGGCCAUAUUAACUGCAUGCUUAAACUGGCCGACCUCCUCUCCACCUCCGACCUUCACAUCACCUUCCUCAACACUCACCACAACCACAACCGUCUCUCCAACUUCUCCUCCGCCUUCGCUCGCCUCUCUCUACGUCCACACUUUCGCUUCCUUUCCAUCCCCGAUGGCCUUCCGGAUGAUGAUCCCCGAUCAGCCAACGCCUUAUGGGACCUCGAUGACUCUAUCAGGACUCGAUCUGGGGACCAUCUCCGGCAACUGUUGACUUCUUGCAGGCAAGAUGGAUGGCCACAAAUCACUUGUGUCUUGGUUGACUCAGUCAUGCCCUUUGCUAUAGAACCAGUUGAAGACCUUGGAAUCCCUGCAAUUAUAUUCCGCACUGCCAGUGCUUGUAGUUUAUGGGCUUAUCACUGCAUCCCUAAACUAAUUGAGACUGGUGAACUCCCAUUUCCAGAUGAACCGGAUAUGGAUGAGAAGAUACAAGGUGUAGCAGGGAUGGAGAGCUUUCUAAGACGUAGAGAUCUUCCAAGCUUUUGCAGAGAAACAGGAGACCUGGCAAAUAGCCGGGCUCUCCAAAUGGUGUCCAGGGCUGUGGGAAAUGUUAAUAGAGCACGAGCCAUCAUUCUCAACACUUGUGAAUCCAUGGAGGGACCAGUGCUGCACCACAUUCGUAGUAGCGUUUGUCCAACAAUAUUUGCCAUAGGUCCUCUCCACCAACUGCUUGCUAGAGCCCACCAAUAUUCCAAGGAGCAACAACUUUCAGGCAAUUUGUGGCUUGAGGAUCGCACUUGCAUGGCAUGGCUUGACACACAGCCAAAGGGGUCCGUUGUGUACGUGAGCUUCGGUAGCUUCACUGUGAUGGCAAUGGAUGAGUUGCUAGAGUUCUGGCACGGUUUUGUGAAUAGUGGGCACCCGUUCCUGUGGGUCAUAAGGCCUGAUCUUGUUGAUGGAGUUGAGAGUAGUACAAGUACUAAGGUACUGUUUGAGAAGACUAUCAAAUUAAGGGUAUUCAUUGUUGAAUGGGCUCCACAAGAGGAGGUGCUGGCUCAUCCGGCAGUGGGAUGUUUCUUGACUCACAGUGGAUGGAACUCCACGUUGGAUAGUGUGGUGGUGGGAGUGCCUAUGAUAUGUUGGCCUUUCUUUGCUGACCAACAGAUAAACAGUAGGUUUGUGAGUGAGGUCUGGGGAAUUGGAUUGGACAUGAAGGACAUGACUGGGAGGGAAGUUGUUGAGAUAAUGGUGAGACGAGUUAUGGAAGGAGAACAAGGCAAGGAGCUGAAGCAAUCAGCGUUGGUCAUGGCUGAGCUGGCUAAGAGGAGCGUCCAGGAAGAUGGGUCAUCUUACUUGCAAUUCCAGAGCCUGCUCGACUACAUCAACUCCUUGUGAAGUUUGGAUGUAUUUAUUUGGAUUUUGGGAAACCAAAUAAUGGUAUUGUCUUGCCAUUAAUAAAAGAAAAUUAGGCGAGAGAGAAUAAAACAAGGCCCUUAUUUUU